UGCGCGCUGGUGCGAGCGAGCGAGGAGGAGUCUGCGCGGAGCGGGCGCUGGGCUCCGGGGCAACGGCGGCUGGCUCGCUCGCUCGCUAUGAAUGCUGUCCGGGCUCUGCUCUCCGCCGUGUUCCUCGCCUGCUUCUUCUGGGGGGAUCUGCCCUGUUGCCAGCAGGCCACCAUCCCCCCUGCCGCCGCCGCCGCCGCCCCCGCGCCGCAUCCCCGGGAGUCUGCCAAGGCCGGCAUGAGGACCCGCCGGGAGAGCAAAGCGCCCCGAUUGCCUCGAGACGCCGCUCGGAAGGGACCCCCAGCUGCCGCCGCCGCCGCCCAGCCCCGGGUGGAACCCCACGAGUACAUGCUCUCCCUCUACCGGACCUACUCCAUCGCCGAGAAACUGGGCAUCAACGCCAGCUUCUUCCAGUCUUCCAAAGCCGCCAACACCAUCACCAGCUUUGUCGACCGGGGGCGAGACGAUCUUUCGCCCAGCGCUUUAAGGAGACAGAAGUAUUUGUUUGAUGUAUCGACUCUCGCAGACAAAGAGGAGCUGGUGGGAGCCGAACUGCGCCUCUUUCGCAAAGCCCCUGGCGAUCAUUUCUCCAAGGCUCAGACAGGCCUGGCCCAUUUGCAGGUCUCGCCCUGCCUUUCGGGCCGCCUCCUGGACUCCAAGGCUCUGGACUUGCAGAAGGAGGCGUCAUCCCGAGCCGAUGGCGACUGGGAGGUAUUUGAUGUGUGGCAGGCUUUGCAGCCUCGCCAGCCACGGAAGCAACAGCAGCAGCAGCAACUUUGCCUGGAGCUGCGGGCCGUCGGGGGGACUCGAACUCACGGGCCCGGGCAGAUGCUGGACUUGCGCAGUCUGGGCCUGGGACGGGGCGCGCGGCCGCAGCAGGAGAAAGCGCUGCUGGUGGUUUUCACCCGCUCGAGGCUGAAGAAUCUUUUCGCAGAGCUUCGCCAAGAAAGGGAGAACCAGCCGGGCCACCCGAGCGCGCAUGCGCUCUCCCGGGCACCGGCGGCCCACGGCCACCUGCGCUUCCAGAGCCGCCGGACGAGGCGCACGGCUUACAACAACCGGCACGGCAAGCGGCACGGCAAGAAAGCCCGGCUCCGGUGCAGCAAAAAAGCCCUGCACGUCAACUUCAAGGAGCUGGGCUGGGACGACUGGAUUAUCGCGCCUUUAGAGUACGAGGCCUACCACUGCGAGGGCGUGUGUGACUUUCCGCUGCGCUCCCACCUCGAGCCCACCAACCACGCCAUCAUCCAGACCCUCAUGAACUCCAUGGACCCGGGCUCCACGCCGCCCAGCUGCUGCGUGCCCACCAAGCUGACCCCCAUCAGCAUCCUUUACACCGACGCCGGCAACAACGUCGUCUACAAGCAGUACGAGGACAUGGUCGUCGAGUCGUGCGGGUGCAGGUAGCCCCGCGCCUCUCCGUCUCCCCCUGGAGGGGAAGAUUUAGAAAAAGACGACGACGAAGAAGAAAGCAGCAGCAGCAGGCAUCAAGGCGGGAGGGCGCGCACGCGCGCGCGGGGGGGAAAGCCGCAAUAGACUCGCGAGGGCUGGCCCUGCAGAGAACAAGCGGGAAGGGAGGAAGGAGUGAGCCGAGAAAGAGCGCGAGCGCGAGGGAGGCACGCGACCUGCACCGACGCGCGCGCGCGCGCCCCAAGGGAGCCCUGCAAAGGGAAAAAAAAAGAUUUAUGGGCGCGCGCCUUUGUCAGUUCCCUCGCGCGCACACCCCGCGCUGCGCCUUUCGGAGGGAACCGCGUGGGAAGGUGUGUGAGCCUGCCUUCUAGAACUGCGCGUGCGCGCUCCCGCCCUCCUGGGGGGGGGAGGAGGGCUUUCAGCCUUAUAAGGUUGAGCUUCUUUUCGGGCGACGAUUAGAGUGUUUGGGGUCCGCCGCGCCGGCGAGGCUUCCCGCCCCUCUGGAAAUGUCUGGAGAGGGAGGACAGAGGGACCUGGGGGCCGAUGCCCUUGCUUGGCUUGUCUGUUAGGCGGGACUGGGGCGCGAUCAUGGAUGGCCUCUGGCUUUAGGAAGAGAAAGAACCCCCAGGCAGGCUCCGGACGGUGGCAGGGCAGGGUGGGUGGAAGAUUCACUUGAGGGUCCCGCUCACUUUCCCUUCUCCGUUUGGCAGAUAAGAGGUGCUUACUCAGAGGAAGGCAGUAAAAGGUCGCUCCGGAAAGCCCUUCCAUAUCGAUCGGAAUCGGUAGGUCUCCUCCGAUCAGAACGGCCAGAAACAGGAAAGGCCGGCCGAGUGUGUUCGCUUUUAUGAGUUACCUUUACGGUGGCUUGUGUACAUUUCCCAUGGCAUACCAUAGCAUGUGCUUUGUUUUUUUUUUAAUUAGGCUGCCUUCCACCUUCCGUCCUGCACUGAUUUUCCAAGGAAGCUGUUAGAUUGUGGCAGCAAGAGCAACAAAGGAUCUUGGGGGACAUUAAA